AUGGACGCACUUGAAGCCGCGUGCGUGGCGCUGCAUGCGACGCCCGCGGGCCCCGACGCUGCGCACCGCCGCGCCGAAGCCGAAUCCGUACUGAACCACUUCAAGCGCAGCCCCAGUGCGCUCGUUGACGCGCUCACGUUGCUGCGCGCGGGCCAUACGCCGCCGGUGGUUCAGUUCCAUUGCAUCGCUACGCUUCGGGACGUUUUGCUGCAGCGCUGGACGCGUCUCACGCACGCGGACAAGUCGCAGGCGCUGGAUUUUCUGAUGCAUUUAUUACUCGAGAGAGGUGCGCUGCUCUCGCGGUUCGUUGCGGCGGCCGCAUUGCAGACGACGGUCCUCUUGGUCAAAAGAGGGUGGCUCGACCGUCUCGAGGCGGAGCAGACGGCCCUGUUGCACCAAAUGGGCGGCAUGCUGCAGGACAGUACGUGUGGUGAGAGUGCCAGCAAUAGUGGGGAUAGUGGUGGUGGUGGUGGUAGUAGUUUUCGUGCUGCUAUUGGGCACCGUGUAUUGGCUGCCAAGUGGCUGCUUGCGUUCGUCACGGAGUUCUCCUCGGCGUCCCGAGCAAGCAACAUGCUGCAGCCAGUUGAGUUCCAUACCAAGUCUCGACGGGCGCUGGAGAAAAGUGGAGGACUGACGACGAUUGCUGGACUGGCGAUCUCGCUGCUCGAAGACUCGAUUCGGAGCACAACGAGUGCUUGCCAUGGUGCUGCUGGAGAAGUGCCGGUGGAGCAAGUCGAGCUGCUGGAGACAGCGUUUCGACUGUGUGUCGAGCUACUGAAUUGGCAGGUGGAAGAUGCACGUGCGGGAAAUCUGACGUGGAGUUUACGUGCUUCGGCAAACGAUGGAGAGACGGGAAACCGACCAGCGUUGACUCCGCAAGCGUCAUGGCGGCCUAUUCUCGUGCGGUUGGAUUUGAUUCACUCGGCAUUCAACACGUAUGCUUUCUUCCGCAACGUUGCAGCCAAGAACGAAACGUUGUUGCAUUUGGCGCGUCAGUUUCUGAUACAGCUGGCGUCUUUGCAGGGUCCGAUCUUUGAGCGCAAAACGGAACAAGUGCAGUUCUUGGGUGAGAUCUUCCGCGGCGUCGUCACAGUCGUGCACAAUCCGUUCUUGGAUCUGCUAGCACAGGAUGAUAUCGCUGGUUACGAGCUAGCUACUCGAGAGCUAAUCGAUUGUUGUCAGCUGUUCUUUCGCCUCGUGAACAACAUUGGACUCGAGGCAUUCCUGCAAGCAAACUCGGGGCAACUUUUGUCGUCUUUCAUCGAGGAACUGGUCUCGUUGACCAGCAAACUUUUACAUUCAGCUUUGGAUCGCAUCCAACGCCACAUACGUGAUACCCCUGGCGAUGCAAUCGAUGAGUUGUGGGAACUAGAGGGCGUGGGCAUUCUAUUAGACGCUUGGGUUGUGCUCGUGAGUGACCCACUACUACUUGAGAUGAACGUGUCAGGGCCCGUGAAACCCGAAGCAGAACAAGCACUGUUACUCCUUAGCAACGCUUCAGCACCAGUGGUUGAGCUUUACAUUCGGGUUCAGCUGGAGUUAUGUGCGCUAGAAAUUUUAGCGGUGCAAGAUGAAGACGAAGACGUUGAAGACAAUGCCGCUAGCAGUGCACGGGAGCAAUACGAGCUGGCUGCCGCUCUUGCCAGACUAAAUGCUUCUGCGUCAGCUUCAUUGCUAGUGUCGCUUGUCCAGUCGUUAACGGCUAGCGUGGGCCAUGAGUUGGAAAAUCUGCAAGGACGUGACGAAUCGACGCCAAUGCUCUUGCAACUUUUUGAAAAGCUACACUUUGUUGUUCUGUUUGUGGGAAUUUUCCUCGCGGAUGACUACGAGGGUGAGCAGCCGGGCAUCCCAAGUCAAGUUCGUGGUACGUUCCGUGGUGUUACCGCUGCCGAAGAAUCUCCCGUGGUUGGUCUUAUAGUGCUCAUCAUGAGCGAUGUCCUUGGCUUCGAAUCGUCACGUGUUGCCCACAGUCCAAUGAGCGACUGUGUGAGCCCCUUUGUAUCUGAAGGGCUGUUCAAGACGAUUACUCGAUUGUGUGCUACGUAUUUCGCCCCGAGCGUUUUAGAUGAUCUGAAUGAGUCGGCGCCAGCGAUUCUGCACGCGUUUGCUGUCCAAAGUGGAGGGCGUGCAAUCGAAUUGCUAAACUUCCUGGUUCAGAAAGCUACUGUAUACCUGCUUCACUGGCCGACACAGCCGAUAGUCAUGGAAAACCUAAUCGAGCUUUUGCUUGUGCUUUCGAACACACGAGCCAUCAGCGCUGUGCUAAGUCUACCGAUGUGGCAAUCGCUUGUCCAAGCCAACGCAUCUGCCGGAUCGUUCAUGGCCAUCUUGGCAGGUGAGAACACAGCGACGCUGAAUGCGGCGGUCGCUAAGAUCCCCGCCAAUCUUCGCGGUCGGCUCACGGAGGCGUUGUGCCGAGCAGGAAUGGCAUCACUGGAUCCUAGCAUGCGCGUGGCUCAUUUCCAGGCCGUAAGUCAGCCGGCUGAACAGCGGCUGCGACAGCUCAUCGCCCUACCGGCGUUCGAUUCGAAGCAAACGGUGAACGAUGUGCGCGUACAGGAAGAGCUCAAGCUGCUUAUUGAGAUAUAUUCAGGCAUCGCCCGCUCGGCAGAAGCAAACAGCCACGCUCCAAUCACAGCAUUCUGCCUGCCUGCUUUGCCUGUCAUUGUGAAGAUGUUCACGAUGUUUCAGGAUGACACGCAGAUUGCAAACGCCAUCUUGACCUUCUUCUGUCUCAUGGUGGAGGCGCAACUGUGCUACCUCUCUCCGCGUGACGCACUACAAGUGUACACGGUUGUCGACGAGCUUGUCCGUGCCUACUGUCGGCACAACUUGGGCAAGAAGAGCACGCUGGGUUGUGCUGAAGAGGAGAACUAUGCCGAUUUGUUGGCACUGCUGACACUGUUGUCGCAUUUGGUGUCAAAAGACUUUAUCGACUUUUCAGAAGACGCAACGACUGAACAGGAACAAAACGAUGUCAGCCAUGCUUCCAGUGUUGUGGCUGACGUGGUUUUUUCUGGGUUAAGCCAGGUGAUUCCGCUCAUGACCGAGCAGUUGCUAGCCUACCCAAGUUUGAGCAAGCAGUACUUCACACUGGUGUCGUAUAUGGUGGAAGUCUACGCGGAGAAGCUGGUGUCGUUAUCAAGCGAGCUUUUUCAGAUGCUGCUGCACUCCCUGUUGGUCGGCAUGCGCCAUGUGUCGGUGGAUGUAGUGCGCAAUAGCUUUCAGGCGCUUGGUGAGCUGGCUAGUUACCACUGGAAGGCGCGGCAAGGCCAGGAGCCGGGACUUGACGCCCACUACCAGCACCACCCGGAGAUGUUUAUGGUGUUCUUGCGUAUCAUCUUCCGCAUGGCACUUUUCGAUGAUUUCGAUCCGGUCAUCCUAGACGUAUGCGCUGGGUCGCUGUAUCCGCUCAUUUUGAUCGAGCAAGCUCGCUUCUCUGCGCUGACCGAGGAGAUGGUGCGCGAGCAGGAAAAUCUGGACGCCGCCAACCAGCAACGACUGACUUCAGCAUUUGCAAAGCUCAUUAGCUUUGUGUCGCCUGGCGAUAUUGCGACGGGUACGGCAAGUACACGCAAGAUGCGCAUGCAGUUCAAGACAAACUUGUACGCGUUCGUUGCUGAGGUGCGAGGGUUCCUCCAGGUCAAGUGA